AAACUUUUUUUUCAUUUUCUCUCUGUUUCCUCUGUUCCUUCUUCCACACGCGCCGCCGUCUUCCGCCGUGGUCCGACGUCGCCAGAAAGCCAUUCGUUUUUUUGUAACAAAUUGUCUAACCCUGAUCCGAAAAUUUGCCAAACAAAUUUUAUGGUGGUAAAUUACCAUUUUACCCUUGGAUGUAUAAUUAGGUUGUACUUGUAUAAUCCAUUGAACAAGGGGCAUUUUCGUAAAUUUCGGAUAGGAUAGUCGCUGACGUGGCAAACGUACAUGCAAAGUUACAAUGAGCCACACGCCUAGACAAUUAAAUCCCAUCAUCAAUAAAAAAAGAGAUGAAACCACCUUUGACUUUCUCAAGCCGUCAAACAUAUACCAAGCCAAGUUAGCCAAGCCGUUUAUACCACGAGCAGGAACGGCUCAAGCCAAGCCGUUUAAGCCGGCUCGACCGCCGAGUGACAACAAGCUUUUAGCUGGUUAUUUGGCACAUGAAUUUUUAAACAAGGGUACAUUAUUUGGCCAGCCGUGGGACCCGGCUCGAGCCGAUGCCGUGCCCGUCUCAGCCGCGGCUCGUUCGGACGAAUUUAGAAAGCCGGUUAAACAAAAUGUUGGACAAAAGGGGAAGCCGAGUGACCCGAAGCCGGGUGAGAAAAGAAAGUUUGAUAGCUAUGCCGGGUUAUCGGGUAUUCUAAUGGGUAAAGAUGGAGCAUAUAUACCCGGCAUUGUUAACCCGACCCAACUCGCCCGAUUUUUAAAUCAACAAUGAUAGUUAUCUAAUUUAUAUAAAUAUACAUAUAUAUAUAUAUAUACAGUUUUUAGAUGUUUAGAUUGCCUUGUUCUAAGCAUGUUGUAAUGUACUAUUGGCAAUGUUUAGUGAUAUUUACAAAUUACAUUGUUUUUAAUAAUGUAAUUUUUAGGAAAA